AUGCGUACUCAAGACCUCUCUGGUAAUUCCUAUUGGUCCAAAACAUCGUUUCCACAAGAAACGAUGCAAAUGAUGCGGGGUGGGUACUCCGCUGUGGGAAGCCAGAAAAUCAGUAUGAGCGACCUCUCCGGUGAUUCAUCUUGGUCGAAAAGAUCACUUCCACAUGAACGGCAGAAAAUACGUACUCAAGACCUCUGUGGUAAUUCCUCGUGGUCGAAAACACCGUUUCCACAAGAAAGGAUGAAAAUGAUGCGGCGUGAAUAUUCGGCUGUGGGAAGUCGGAAAAUGAGUAUGAGCGACCUCGCCGGUGAUUCCUAUUGGUCGAAAAGAUCAUUUACACGUGAAUGGAUGAAAAUGAUACGGAGUAGGUACUGGACUAUAGGAAGCCACAAAAUGCGUACUCAAGACCUCUCUGGUAAUUCCUAUUGGUGGAAAACAUCAUUUCCACAUGAAAAUGAUAUGGAGCAGGUACUCGACUAUGGGGAGCAGAAAGUACGUAUGAGCGACCUUUACGGUAAUUCCUAUUGGUCGAAAACAUCGUUUCCACAAGAAAGGAUGAAAAUGAUGCGGGGUGAGUGCUCGGCUGUGGGAAUCCAGAAAAUAAGUAUGAGCGACCUCUCCGGUAAUGCCCAUUGGUCGGAAACAUCAUUUCCACGUGAAUAG